AUGUCUACCGUUGCUGACGAGCUUUUGAACGAUUUUGGAAGUUCGGGGGACGAAGCGGAGGAGAAUGACAAUGAUGGCCUGGUGAACGACGAGCCCCAGGAAAAUGGCGACCACGAUGUCAUGGAUGUCGAUGGUGACCAAGAAGGAUCAGACGAUGAGGAAGGAAACGACAUGAAGGAAAUGGGGGAUGCAGAGGCAACCAAGGCGAAAGUAGAGAAGAUGCAGCUCGGCGCAGUCAAAGAUGUGCGCAGCGUUGCCAGCUUGAUGCAAACGCUGGAGCCAGUCCUCGAAAAAAUCGAGCAAUACCGAUCACAAACAUCCACGCAGACUACCAAUGCCGGCAACAUCGAGGACCACCCAGAGUAUCAUCUGUUGACGCAAUCAAAUAGCCUAUCAACCAUGAUUGAUGGCGAAGUGGUGCUUGUGCACAAGUUCAUCCGCGAUCACUAUUCGACGCGGUUUCCCGAACUCGAGCGACUGGUAACGACGCCGCUAGAAUAUGCCAAGGUUGUGUCAAUCAUUGGCAAUGGGCCGAUGAGCUCGGAGAGUAUCAAGGCACUGCAGACCUCUACAGACAACCCAAUGAAGAUGGGACUCAAGGCAGUUCUUGACGGACCGUCGCUCAUGGUUGUCACAGUCGAAGCCACGACGUCCAAGGGCCACGAGCUCAAUCCCGAGGAACUGAACCGAGUGCGCCAGGCGUGCGCUAUGAUGGUGUCUCUGCACAAGGCCAAGCAAACCUUGACCGAGUACGUUCAGUCUCGCAUGAAUAUCUUUGCGCCAAACUUGACAGCCCUGAUCGGAUCUCUUACUGCCGCGCAGCUUCUGAAUGCAGCCGGCGGUUUGACAGGCCUCUCCAAAACCCCGGCCUGUAAUAUACCCUCGUGGGGAUCCAAGAAGCGCCAAGCAGGCCUGGCCACCAACAUUGGAGUUCGCCAGCAGGGAUAUCUCUACAACUCGGAUAUGAUUCGCGGCAUCCCCAACGAUCUGAGGAAGCAAGCAAUGAGAAUUGUGGCAGCGAAGCUCGUCUUAGCUGCACGGGUUGAUAGAAUACAUUCGACACCAGAUGGUUCAACUGGGGACCAGCUAAAGUCGCAAUGUUUAGAACGCCUCGAGAAACUUACCGAGCCACCGGCAAAAAAGGGGCAGCGAGCGCUCCCCGUUCCCGGCGACAAACCAUCUCGGAAACGGGGAGGUCGACGAGCGAGGAAAGCCAAGGAGGCCGUUGCCAUGACGGAUUUGCGCAAGGCACAGAACAGAAUGGCAUUUGGAAAGGAAGAACAGGAGGUUGGCUACGGCACGGGCUCAGGCACGGUUGGCAUGGGCAUGAUUGGACAGCAGAACGACGGCAGGAUCCGAAAUGUGCAAAUCGACCAGCGGACCAGAGCGAAACUCAGUGCGAAGAACAAGGGAUGGGGCGUUGCCAGCACUGUCGGCGGCGCUGCCUCAUCUAUCGGUGGCUUUGGCCAAACGCCAGGCAGUAUUGAUCUGCGUGCGAAGGGCCUUCGAGCAUCUGGUGUUGGAAGCACAAUUGGUUCUGCGACUGGCACUGCUUCAUCUUUGGCGUUUACGCCAGUCCAGGGAUUGGAAUUAGUUGAUCCAAAGGUCCAAGCUGAGCUCAGCAAGAAGCGCAAGGCGGAGGAAGAUAGGUGGUUCAAGGGCGGCACAUUCACACAGGUUGGGGGAGCGUCAUCAACCAACGGUGGCUUCAAGGUGCCUGACCUGCCGGCUGCUAAGAGGGUUGACACUGGAGCUACAAAGAUGGGACCUCCUCCGCCGCGGAAAUAG